AUGAACGGCCCCAUCCUCGACGCCUCCUCCUCCUCGCCAUCCAACCCUCCUCCUGAUGGCGACAAACUCUUCUCUGCUCCGGCAUCUAGGAACGUAUCCCCCAUCCUGGACGUCAUGAAGACUCUGGUCCCCCAGGGGGAAGGCAAGGUGCUGGCAGUUGCUGAGGGCAGCGGGCAGCACGUGUCUUGCUUCGCCAAGAACCUUCCCCUCCUCAAGUUCGUUGCGACUGACCUCGACAGCAAGGCAGUUGCCUCCAUCCGCGCCUACGUGAAGGAGGAGGGAGUGAGCAACGUGCUUGCGAUCGAGCAGCUGGAUAUGACGGCUGUCCCUCACUGGGAGGAGAAGUCCUGGGCCUCCUCCUCCUCCUUCGACCUCGUCUAUGCCGUCAACCUCACCCACAUCUCACCCUGGGCUGCGUCCCUGGGGCUGCUGGCUACUGCUGCUCGUCUGCUGCGAGAGGGAGGCGUGCUGAUGAUCUACGGGCCGUUCAAGGUGGACGGCAAGUGCACGACUGAGAGCAACGAGGAGUUCGACAAGAAGCUAAGGAGUCAGAACUCUGAGUGGGGCUACAGGGACAUCGACGAUCUCAAGGCUGCUGGCUCGGAAAGAGGUCUUAAGUUUGUCAGGGCAGAGAGCAUGCCGGCAAACAACUUCAUCCUCAUCUUCAACAAGUGA